UUCUCCAGGAGAAAGAGAAAGAAGGAUCGGAAAAAUCAAUCGAGAGUCUGAAAUAUGGCGUUGAAAUUUCUGAACAAGAAGGGUUGGCACACCGGAAGUCUAAGGAACAUAGAGAAUGUGUGGAAGGCGGAACAGAAGCAUGACGCCGAGCAGAAGAAGUUGGAAGAGCUCCGCAAGCAGAUUCAGGAGGAGAGGGAGCGCUCCGAGUUUCGUCUUCUCCAAGAGCAGGCUGGCCUAGUACCGAAGCAGGAGAGAUUGGAAUUCCUUUACGAUUCAGGACUUUCUGUCGGAAAGGGAUCCGCCAGCUCCAGUGGCGCCGGUGGCGGAGGAGGAUUCAAGGCUCUUGAAGAAGCCCUUCCAACCUCCAAGCCCGCUGCUGAUGCUUCUUCCAAGCAGUCGCCUUCCGUUCCUGGAGCCUUGUUCGAGGACAAGCCCCACUCCGCCAACGACGCCUGGCGCAAGCUCCAUUCUGAUCCAUUGCUUUUAAUUCGUCAGCGCGAGCAGGAAGCCCUUGCCCGCAUCAAGAACAACCCUGUCCAGAUGGCCCGUAUUCGCAAAUCUGUUGAAGAAAAGAAAGAGAAGGACAAGCCCCAUGAUAAGAGGGAAUCCCACAAGCACCGUAAUAGUAGUAGUACAAAGCAUAGGAAGCAUUCAUCUCGAGCAGAGCAAUCAGAUUCUGAAGAUGACACUUACAAGGUAGAUAAAAGAAGAAAAAAUGGUGAUUAUAAGAGCUCACAGGGGCACCGUGAUAGAAAACAGCCAGAUUCAGAAAAUGAAUCUAGUGAUAGAGAAAAUCAAAAGAAGAGGCGCCAGAAGGAAAAAUACAACCAUGAUGGUCCUGAUGCUAACAGGAAGAACCUUGACGAAGGGGAAUAUAGAAGGUCUCAUGAAUCACACCACAGACGCCAGGGUGUUGCUCCCAAACUUUCUGAAGAGGAGCGAGCUGCUAGGCUGCGUGAAAUGCAAGAAGAUGCUGAGGUUCAUGAGGAGCAAAGAUGGAAGCGGUUGAAAAAGACUGAAGAGAAUGAUGCUCGGGAGGCUACCAGGGCCACCAUAUCUGAUGGAAGAAAAUUCCUCGAUGCUGCUCAUCGAAGUGUGUAUGGUGCUGAGAAGGGGGGAAGCUCCACAAUAGAAGAGAGUGUCCGUCGCAGAACACAUUAUCUGCAAGGCAGGUCUGAAUCAGAAGGCAAUGCUUUUAGGCGGUGAUGAUGUUUUAACCUACUGGUAUUUUUUAUUGGCAUAAUAUAUCUGAUAAUCCAGGUGUGCUUCUCCACCUUCUUCUAUUGUGUGUUGUUCAUUUACCAUUUCAUACACCACUUUGUCAAGUUGAAUGAUUGAUAUUGUGUAUUAUGGUCUUAGCUGAGUAUGAUUGAUCUGUCACCUUUAAACUAUGGUGAAAGAAAAUUUAAAUUUUUAACAUGUCUCGAUUGUUGUGCUAUUAGAUUUUAUUCUGGUGGCAUAGGGUGGGUGGUUACAAAGUUAUUCUGAGAAUCUGAGAUGAAUAAUUGAGCAUGGACUGAUGGAUGAAGAUAGAUUUAUCCAGCAAUGGAAGUUUUGGUUGGUCAGGAAGGCUGCUAUCUACGAAGCCAUUAUUUCAACCUAAUCAGUGGUUGUAUUUGUCAAGAGAACAGAAGAUUUGGGACCCUUUAUGCUUGCCAUUUUGGCUCUUGGAUGUUGGAUGCUUCACA